UCCAUCCACCAAGGCGUCCUCGAUCAUCAUCAGCUUAAAAUUUUCUUUCCUUUGUAAGAAAUGGCUUCUCCAUCAUCAGCUCAAAUUCAGCUGCCCCAAAUCCCACCCAGCAGCUCCAACACCAACCUGCGUUCCCGGUCCAUCAACACUAGUGGUAUAACUGUCGAGCCGGAUUUGGAGUCCGGUUCAUCCGUUUGCUGCAGGAUCUGCCUGGAGACUGACGUCAGACAAGGUGACGAACUCAUAGCUCCUUGCCUCUGCAAGGGCACACAGGAGUUUGUGCACAGAAAGUGCUUAGAUCACUGGCGCUCGGUGAAAGUGAGCAAUUUAAUUCUUUUCCUACAUAUAUACAUUAAUUGUUGUAAUUCAAGAGUUGUAAUGCUUGUUCAUAUUACUGUAUUGCAGGAAGGUUUUGCUUUCACCCACUGCACCACAUGUAAAGCAGCGUUUCGAUUAGAAGUGAAAGAGGUGAAGUUUGACAUUGUCACAAGAAUAAAGCACAAGCUGUUUGUGGUCAGGGACUUUUUUAUUCACUUCGUGAUUGCACAAGCAGUAAUUGCAGUGCUUAGUGGCUAUGCAUACCUGGUGGAUUAUAAGGGAUUCGUUCACAAUUUUGUUGACAAAUAUUUCACCUUCUUGUCUUCCCAACCUUCUAUUUCCUUCUACUACAGCAUGGGAGCACUGGGUUUCCUUAUUGCCUUGGGAUUUGUUUGUUUCAUAACAAUUUGCGCCUGGCUUGCAAAUUUGGACGGACGUAUAGCGGGUUUACAAAACUGUGUCCUGGCCAUGUUUAUGUGGAAUUGGAUACCUGCUGCAACUGCCUUGAUUCUUACCAUAUAUGUCUUUGCUGUCUGUGGUGUUGCAUAUGGUUUAUUUCUUGCUACCACAAUUGUACAUAAGAGUUGGCACAGGCACUAUCGAAUCCUCAUGAAACGGAACCUUACCAAGGUGUACGUAGUGAUGGAUCAGCAUGGUCAUUAUACUCCGUCGACACUAGAUCCCAUACAUGAGCAGCAGCUUCGAUCUCUUAAUCUUUUGUAGAUCGAGAUAUUUGCAGGCUU